UCCCCUCGCCCUCUCGUCGCAUCUCUCCACAGAUCAGAGUCUCGCCCCGUCUUUCCGGCUCCAUCUGUAUCACACCUGUUCUCCUCCGCGGGGCUCUGUCCGUCGCGGCAAACGUCAAUUCGGGCUGCUUGACCAAGUUGGCUUUUUUCUGUCCGUCCUUCUCUCUGCCCACACCAAUCCUGUCUAAGGAGGUCCUGCCCGUGAUGGCAAGGUACUUCGCCCGCCUACUGCGUCAAGCAGCAAGACCAGGUACCUCGCCAUGGCCCGAGUUUCCCCCCCCCAUCCGAGUACUCCAUUGUCUUGUCAUUCCUCGAUGGCAAUAAAUCUUUUCCUUCCUCUGGUCUUGCUUCAACAACAUAUUUAAGGGUUUCCUCCAGAAGAAGAAUCCAGUCUGUUCCGCUUGCUGUCAACCCAGUCUUGAGCAUCUAGAGCCAUAUCAGCAAAGGAUUCCUUUCAUCCCAUCAUAUCACGUUUGUUUUAGUCUUGGUCUUGGUUUAUCUGGAUUUAGCAAGUCUCAACUUUGACUAUCUACCAUCACAAUGGCUGCUGCUGUCGCCACCCCCUACAUUCGGACCGACGGUCACGACCUUGAGCAGACGACCGACUUCGUCGAGGAGGUCAACAUCCUCAAGGACCAGGUCAACAAGCAGCAAGAGGACAUCUACGAGGAGUCCAAGUUCGACCAGGAGAAGGACAAGACGGCCUUCCGCCAGUACGAGGACGCUUGCGACCGCGUCAAGACCUUCUACAAGGAGCAGCACGAGAAGCAGACGGUCGAGUACAACCUCGCCGCCCGUGAAAAGUUCGCCAUCGACCUUACCGGCAAGAAGCCAUGCCGCGAUGAGAUGACCAUCUGGGAGGCCAUGGAGAAGCUCAACACACUCAUCGACAACUCGGACCCCGACACCGAACUGUCCCAGAUCCAGCACCUGCUGCAGACCGCCGAGGCCAUGCGCCGCGACGGCAAGCCCCGCUGGAUGCAGCUCACCGGCCUGAUCCACGACCUCGGCAAGCUCCUCUACUUCUACGGCGCCGAGGGCCAGUGGGACGUCGUCGGCGACACCUUCCCCGUCGGCUGCGCCUUUGACAACCGCAUCGUUCUGCCCACCACCUUUGAGGGCAACCCCGACAACAAGCACCCUGUCUACAGCACCAAGCACGGCAUCUACGAGCCCGGCUGCGGCAUCGAGAACCUCAUGAUCUCUUGGGGCCACGACGAGUACAUGUAUCUUGUCUGCAAGGAGCAGUCCAAGCUGCCCCGCGAAGCUCUCGCUAUGAUCCGCUACCACUCUUUCUACCCCUGGCACCGCGAGGGCGCCUACCGCGAGUUCAUGAAGGAGGGUGAUGAGGACCUCCUCAAGGCUGUCCUCGCCUUCAACCCCUACGACCUGUAUAGCAAGUCGGAUGACGCCCCUACUGUUGAGGAGCUCAAGCCCUACUACAUGGAGCUCAUUGACGAGUACUUCCCCACCAAGGUCAUUAAGUGGUAGAGAUACUGUGUUCUGAAUUGUCGCAUUUACGACCGGUACGAUCUGAGACGGGACAUUUGGCAUAGAAAGCCCUGCGACAGCUUUGGUCGUGCAGAGGCAAGGCGUUUUUUAAUGGGCGGUUCUGAUGGAUACAUCGAUGUGAUUAAGCGGUUCUUGAUGGGGAAUGAUUCUUGGGAGAAAUCGGCCAAGAGGCGUCGACGAGUUGACAGGAAGUCCUCGAAUAACAAAAAAGUCCUUGAGUGGCAUUGAUGAUAAACUGAGCGUUUCAAGGAAGUCUAUC